AUUAUGUUUCCAUGGUAACGCACAACAUUAACUCCGUUGGAACCGGUCGAAUUUGUGUGUGUGUGUGUGUGUGUGUGUGUGUGUGUGUGUGUGUGUGUGUGUAUUUGUGUGUGGGAGAGCCGGUUGGACAAAAAAUUAAAUAAGUAUCUACGUCAACGUCAAGCAGCCCCCUCGCCCGGAGAAGAUGGCGGAGGAGAAGAUGGACAUAAACAAACUGAGGCUCGCGGCGGCCGAGUUUUACCGGAAGAACGGAGUUCCGGCGACGAUCGAGAGGAUUCUGAACGAGCUCUUCGUCCGGCAGCCCGCAGACGUUCAUGGCUACCUGGCUGAUGCCUUUUUGAAACUGUCUACACCACCAAGGAUCAGUGAUCUGAGAGGAAGAGACGUUUUUUCAGGAAAUGGACAGCUUAUCGUUGAGGCAGAGAUUUUCAGCAUCGUCUGUAACAAAGAAAAGAGCAUGUCAUCAGCAGCCAUCGUAAGUCAUUUUGCACCGGUGGGAGCUGAAGAGAGUCAGAGGAGCUCUGAGUAUGUGGACGUCGCUCUUCAGUGGAUACAGGAACCGUUCAGGGGACUGCUACUGGACCAGAACCCCUGUGAUCAAUAUGAAAUUGAUCAAAUGCUGAGUGAUUUCUUCACGUCCUACCGUGAGGAGGAGAAAGUGAGGCGUGACAAGCUGAAGGCUGAAGCCAGCGAGCCCGAACCAGUCACACCACAAGUAACACCAGCAAAGGACAAGAAGGGCAGUAAAGGCAAAAAGAGCCUUGUUGAUGAGAAGCUGUUUCCUCCACCAGAGCCUGCAGAGCCGGUUCUGCUGGAAGGCAUGGCUGUUGGCUCAGUGUCCCUGGCUGUAGCUAAAUGUGGGGCAAAAAUAAAGGCAAUGCCUCUUUACAAAUAUAUAUCAGCUCUGAAGAAUCAAAAGGAACCGGCACAUUUUCAUGUUCCUGUACCCUGGAUAACUCUGCUCAGCUGCGGGAAGAAAUCCCCUGGAAAACUAUGCUUACUGGAAGAAAUUAUUCUCAUCUCCAAAGUGGGACGUCCAGUCAAACAGAGCGUCACGUUGGCCUGUGAGUUACAGAAGGAGAUGAUGAGACUGAUGAGCUUGUCAGGAAAAGGCGGGAUCGCCCUGUCCUCGGUGUCGCACAACGGAGUGCUGACAGCGAGUUGCGACCGGCUCGAACAGCCUCUCGAUCUCAUCACUGACGCCUGCACGAACCUUAAAGUGCCACUGGGAGUUGAUGUCUUUUUGGCGCUGAACUGUGCCGGCCCGAAAAUUGUGGACUAUUCUAAGGGAAAGUAUGAAGUGGCAACAGGAGGUCUGAAGUCUGCGGAUGAAUUGAUUGAGGUGUAUCACAACCUCAUCAGCAAAUACCCGGCGGUGGUGGCCGUGAUCGAUCCUUUUAGGAGAGAAGAGGCAGACCAAUGGGAGAAACUUAGCAAUAGGAUUGGGAUUUCAUGUUCACUGCUGUCUGACAUCACACACAAACCACAGGCUCCAGUCCUGCAAGGAGUCCAUGGUUAUGUCUUCAGAUAUGCCAACGAGACAACGGUCACCGACAUCAUCCAGGCCACAUUCUCCUACCAAGGUUCACUGGUGAUGGAUACGAUGUUCAGUGAAUCCGGCAGUGAUGGAUUCUUUGCAGACUUAGCUGUGGGACUGGGGCUGGACUAUGUCAAACUGGGAGGUCUGAGUGGCGGUGAGACGAUAGCUAAAUACAAUCGCCUGAUAUCUAUAGAAGAAGAACUGGCCCAACAAGGACUUCUGGUCUGUAAGGAACCGCCGCUCUUCAGCGAAAAGCCAAAGGAACAGCCGGCUGCAGCAGAGGAAACCAUGUGACGCAGCCAACAGUCCGGCCUGUUUCAACAAACCUUGAAAAUCUUCCUGUUCUUCCUUGUGAGCACUAAUGAACCACACUGAGUGGUCAGCAUUAAUCUGAAUGUUCUAGUAGCCUUUUUUUUUUUCUUAGCCUAGAUAUGAAACUCAAUCCAAACCACUUCUGAUAAAGUGAGACUGGAAAACAUCUGUUUUAUUCAUGUGUCCAAUAAAUUGUUCGAUAAAAUGUUCAGGCAUAUUAAAUGCCAAUAAAUUGUAAGUGAACAGUGCAGAUAGAAAAUAGCAGCUCGGUUCUCUUUGGAAGCACAAUUUAUGAAUUUAUUUUGCAGCACAUCAAACAUAAUUGAUACAGAGAAAAAUAUGUU